AUGGCUGCUUUUGCCUGUUCUCGACUCACCACACCCUUAGUUAUCAAUUUGGCUGGUGCAAUCUGUGAAAAAGCAUUAAAAGAAUAUUUUUCAGCCUUUAGCGAAGCACGAGGCUUGGGUAAGUUGGUACUAUCCUCAUUGCCGAAUAGAAUCAAAUUGCACAUGUUUAUUAACACUGUAGCAGUAAUUAAUUCUCUACAUCUACUUUUAUUCGGUAGCAUUGACGUGUUUGAACUACGACCAAAUGAAUCAAAUUAG